AGCGACCCAGGUGGGCUGUCGGUGCUGCAGCAGCUCGGCCUGGACCAAAACUCCGACUUCUCGGACUCCAGUGUGCAGCAGCGCCUGGACGAGCACCGUGAGAGGAUCCGCAGGGAGAUCCGCAAGGAGCUGAAGAUCAAGGAGGGUGCGGAGAACCUGCGCAGGGCCACCACCGACAAGAGGAAUGCCCAGCAGGUGGACUCGCAGCUCCGCAGCUCCAAGCGGAAGCUGGAGUCGCUCCACACUCAGCUGCAGGAGCUGGACGCGCACAUCGUGGUCAAAGGCCCUGAUGAUAACACAGAUACCCCUCAGUCUCCGGGGUCGGUCAGUCGGACGUCGGCCACUCAGCAUCGCAUCGCAGCCCUGGAGCGGCAGCUAAACAUCGAGCUGAAGGUCAAACAGGGGGCGGAAAACAUGAUUCCCAUCUAUGUGAAUGGAGGAACUAAGGACAAGAAGUUUCUCCAGACGGCUCAGCAGAUGCUGCAGGACAGCAAGACGAAGAUCGACAUCAUCCGCAUGCAGAUCCGAAAGGCCAUGCAGGCCACGGAGCAGUCUGAGGACAACCAGAGUAUCCGUCGUUCCUUUGUUUUUCAUGCUUCUCUUUUAUCCCACCUGCCACUCUCAUCCUCUAAACACUGCAUAUUUUAUGAUGCAGGUGGUGAUGGAUCAAUUUUUUCUUUAGAACUUAACAGUGUAGAGGCUUCCA